AUGAAUCCAGAUAAAUGUGAGUUCGGGUGCUCCCAAGUAACUUACCUGGGUUACUUAUUGGACAGAGAGGGUUUGAGGCCAGAUCCGAGUAAGACAGAGCCGGUGAGAAAUUAUCCAGAGCCGAAGAACGUGAGACAACUCAGACGUUUCUUAGGCAUGGUCGGGUGGUAUUCCCGUUUUAUUCUAAACGACAGCAAAAUCAAAAUACCAUUGUUAAAGGUUCUACGCAAAGGCCGAACGUGGGAGUGGGAGGACGAGCAACAAGAAGCUUUUGAACAGCUGAAAAAGAAGCUGACAUCUGCGCCAGUCUUAGUCCGACCUGACUUCACAAAGAAGUUCACAAUUUAG